GACGCGACGCCUUAUCUUCCUCCCCCUCGUUCCCCACCGCUGAAAUCUUAUCCUCUCGACCUUUCGCCCCGUUUCUUCCUCUUUUCCCCCUCCCUCUCACUUUCCUCUUCUUCAUUCGCUAGGCAACUGUGUCGACGGGAGACGAUGCACAGCAGUGUGUCUUGCUACGAGAAGCUUCUGUCGUCCGGGCGCGCUCCGAUGCUGCCGGAGGAGGCGCUGUCGUGCUCGCCUGCGCGCGCAAGCUGCGGGUUUUUUGCAAGGCAGGGGCUCGCUGCUUCUAGCCCGCACGAGCUGGCUCCAAGGGCCAGGCGCUACAACUUGAGGAGCUCGAAGCCGACUACCUGUUGUGGCUCUCCGGAGUUACUCAUGCGACGUGGGAAGGAAGUCGCCAUGGAACAACCCCGCCGCCUUGGAGCUCGCCCCGCCUCCGGCCCACCACCUCUCCGUCGGCCUCGUGCUCCUCCGCCUCGAUCCGUCCGCCCCGCCGCUGGAUCCACGUCGGAUCAGCCGUAUCCGCCGCCCAGACCACCAACCAAGAGUCGCAUCUUGCGUGUCGUGCGGCCGGGAGGAGGACGACCGAGAGGAGCGCCCAUUCAUCCGCCGCCUUGGAGCUCGCCCUCCCUUCGGGCCGCCACCUCUCCGUCGGCCUCGAUCCGUCCGCCCCGCCGCCCAGACCACCAACCAAGCGGCGCCUCUUGCCUGUCCUGUGGUCGCAGUCUGUACUGCGUCUGUGAGUUGCUUGCUUCUCCCGGGACCGAGCUCCAAUCGACCGGUCGGAUCCCCCAGGCCAGCAGAUCCAACGGCUGCCCUUCCCCGCCUCCGGCCUGCACAUACAUAAGCUCAGCGCCGCCGCCUCCCUCUCCUACCGGUGCGCGAAAUCUAGAUAGCUAGCAACGUUGCGGCCUCCUCCAGUACUCCUCUCCUUCAACCAGCAAAAGCCAUGGCGACCGAGCCGGCGUACACGCUGCCGAUAAAGUCCGGCAAGGCGGGCUUCGAGGGCUCGCAGGAUGUGCUGCACAGGGUCCGCAUCACCCUCUCCUCCACGAGCGUCAAGAACAUCGAGAAGGUGUGCUCCGAACUGGUGAAGCGCGCCAAGGAGCAGCCGCUCAGGGUCAGGGGGCCCGUCAGGAUGCCCACCAAGGUGCUCAACAUCACCACCAGGAAGACCCCCUGUGGAGAAGGUACCAACACCUGGGAUCGGUUUGAGAUGCGGGUGCACAAGAGGGUGAUCGACAUCAUCAGCUCCCCAGACAUCAUCAAGCGGAUCACCUCCAUCACCCUCGAGCCCGGCGUCGAGGUCGAGGUGACCAUCAGCCAGUAGUCAACCCUCAUGCUACCCUACCACAACAGCGCCAUCUUUAAUCUGUUGUUACAAUGGGUGGAGAGACACCAGUGAACCAAGACGUUUUCUUUGAGACUUUUUAGUAUGAGAAGUAGUUUUUGUAUGGCUAGGUUUUUGUUAUCAUGAUUCAUAGUACCUAUACUAUUGAUUAAGUUAUCGUCUUGGAUUUUGUGUAUUUCCGUAGAGUGCACGUCGUUAUUUCAGCAUCUCCAGAAUUUGGUAGCGUUCUUGUUUGGAUGUCACUUUUGAAAUUU